GAAAGAUCCGUCUCAGGGCUUGUUUACAUUACAAGAGUGAGAAUAAAACGCUAGAUAGAAUUAUCUUGGUUUGCAUAAUAAUUUCCACAGCGUUUGAAUUUAUACUGGCAUAUUCGAGACGUACCAUGCAGGAUUGUGUGCGUCGAUCGCGGUAAAGGCGAGCGAUAUGUAUGCGCCCUGUACAGAAACACUGUACACUUCCGACAUAAUUGUAUUCACUCUUGCAAAUGUCCAGAAAGCCUCUACAGAAAACGUGGCGCACGCUAUCUCUGAAGUUGGCAUCUCGAGCUACUGAUAUCUAUUUUUGAUCAACUGCUGACCCUCGUCAACAGCGUCUGGCCUGGGCAGGACAUGUCCAUCCUUCAAAAUGUUUUGAGGCCACCCACCAUACAUGUCUACCCCCAGAUGGAGACAGUACCAGGAUGGAGACAAUACCAAGAUGGAGACAGUAUCAAGAUGGAGACAGCACCAAGAUGGAGACAGUACCAAGAUGGAGACAAUACCAAGAUGGAGACAGUAUCAGGAUGGAGACAGUACCAAGAUGGAGACAAUACCAAGAUGGAGACAGUAUCAGGAUGGAGACAGUACCAAGAUGGAGACAGUAUCAGGAUGGAGACAGUACCAAGAUGGAGAAAGUAUCAAGAUGGAGACAGUACCAAGAUGGAGACAGCACCAAGAUGGAGACAGCACCAAGAUGAAGACAGCACCAAGAUGGAGACAAUACUAAGAUGGAGACAGCACAAAGAUGGAGACAGCACCGAGAUGGAGACAAUACCAAGAUGGAGACAAUACCAAGAUGGAGACAGCACAAAGAUGGAGACAAUACCAAGAUGGAGACAGCAUCAAGAUGGAGUCAGUACCAAGAUGGAGACAAUACCAAGAUGGAGACAUUAUCAGGAUGGAGACAGUAUCAGGAUGGAGACAGCACCAAGAUGCAGGCAAUUCCAAGAUGGAGACAGUAUCAAGAUGGAGACAGUAUCAGGAUGGAGACAGCACCAAGAUGCAGGCAAUUCCAAGAUGGAGACAGUAUCAAGAUGGAGACAGUAUCAAGAUGGAGAAAGUAUCAAGAUGGAGACAGUACCAAGAUGGAGACAGCACCAAGAUGAAGACAGCACCAAGAUGGAGACAAUACUAAGAUGGAGACAGUAUCAGGAUGGAGACAGCACCAAGAUGGAGAAAGUAUCAAGAUGGAGACAGUAUCAGGAUGGAGACAGCACCAAGAUGCAGGCAAUUCCAAGAUGGAGACAGUAUCAAGAUGGAGACAGUAUCAGGAUGGAGACAGCACCAAGAUGCAGGCAAUUCCAAGAUGGAGACAGUAUCAAGAUGGAGACAGUAUCAAGAUGGAGAAAGUAUCAAGAUGGAGACAGUACCAAGAUGGAGACAGCACCAAGAUGAAGACAGCACCAAGAUGGAGACAAUACUAAGAUGGAGACAGCACAAAGAUGGAGACAGCACCGAGAUGGAGACAAUACCAAGAUGGAGACAGCACAAAGAUGGAGACAAUACCAAGAUGGAGACAGCAUCAAGAUGGAGUCAGUACCAAGAUGGAGACAAUACCAAGAUGGAGACAUUAUCAAGAUGGAGACAGCAUCAAGACGGAAACAACAUUAAGAUGCAGACAGCCUUAAUUUCUGCAGGGGCAGGUACCUUCUUAAGAUGGUUGACCACAUGGAGGAUGCUUCCUGUCUAAUCUUCUCCCUCUUUACAGGAGACUACUGAUGGCUGCAAAAUAGUUGAUGAUGGCCCCAAAAUAGCAGAUGGCCACAGUGAGUUACAAAGGUGCUGAACUCAAACUGCCUUUAGAAAAUAGCUUCAUAUUACUGGAGAACCCUUUCACCUUGCUACAAAAGAGAAAGGAUAACCUGUGACUAAAAAUAAAGGUGAGUCUUUCAAAACCCUUAAAACACAAAUGACAAAUCAUUGUGUACUGAGGUCACCCUUUAAUUGGUUUUGUGUAAAGAUUCAUGAUAUUUCGUAACAGUUCAAGUUAUGACCAUGUUUGGGGUACAAGGAAGGCCAUUAUAGAAAGGUUCUGUGACGCCACCUAGACAGAUGAAGACAGUUUGGGACAGAAUCCAUACGCAGCCACCUCCUUGUGACAACAUCUGGAGCUCACUUGUCUUGGGGCUAAGGUGUUCCCGAGACCCUUGAACAUGGGACACAGAGUUCCUGCUGUUCAUGUAUUAAAAAUCAGCAGAAAAACAUGAAGAUACUCCAAAGCCCCAGAGAGGAUCUCAGACUUUAAACAGAGUCACGAUUACACCAAAUGCCUUAACUCUCCUUGAAUGCAAAGGGCAUUAAGCUGU